GGUCCCCGCUUGUGUAUUUACUAUUUACAGCCUUCGGUUCUUGCGGAGAGAAGAGAAGCAAAGCAUUUAAUUUGUGAGUAUUUACAUUAUCCAGCGAACAUUUUGUGAGUAAGAGAAGCAAAGCAGAAGAUCAGAGAAUUCAAUGACAGGUGUUGCAGAGAGAUCAGAAGGUGUUACUCUCGAAGGGUUGAGGAAGAGAAUGGCGGAGUUUGCAAAGGAAAGGGACUGGGAUCAAUUUCAUAGCCCCAGAAAUCUCCUUCUGGCUCUGGUGGGAGAAGUGGGAGAGCUGUCCGAGAUAUUUCAGUGGAAGGGGGAGGUUCCAAGAGGACUGCCCGAUUGGAAAGACGAAGAGAAGGAACACCUGGGUGAAGAGCUUUCGGACGUACUGCUUUACCUUGUUAGGCUCUCUGACAUAUGUGGCAUUGAUCUUGGUAAAGCUGCUCUCCGAAAGCUGGAACUCAAUGCAAUUAAAUACCCAGUCAAGCUCUGCAAGGGCUCCUCCAAAAAGCCCACGCAAAUCAACGUGACAGACAACAACGAUGGUAAGUCUAAUGGUGGCGUUAUGGCCAUCAGCAACAGUGACAGCAAAAGCCGCAGUGAUGGUGUGUGAUCUUCCUCUGAUUUUAUGUCCCCUGACUUAUGUCUCCUUUUAGGUUCUUGAAGCCUUCUCUUUUGUUAUUUUAUGCCCAAAAAUCAAUCUCAUAAUGUGUUUAAGUAGGCUUUCAACUACAGUGUAAUAGAUGUUUCUUUAUGCAUUCUCUCUCUUGGUGAUUUGGUUACGGGAGUUGAAGAUGGUGAAAUUGACAUUUCUCUAUGUUUAUUUCAAUUUUUUAAUUAGA